AUGGACAAAAUCAAUGAAUUAACUGAUGACUUGCUGGUUAAGAUAUUAUCGUUUGUUCCGGCAACAGUUGCUGUAUCCACUAGCAUUCUGUCUAAGCGAUGGGAGUUUCUGUGGAUGUGGGUGCCUAAGCUUGAGUACAUUGAUUACAAUGACAUGACUGUUGCCAAUCGUUCAAGGUCUUCAUAUCUAGACUUUAUCAACAAGAAUAUGUCAUUACGUAGAGCUCCAAUCAUAGAAAGCUUGCUCCUCGGAUUCUAUAUUAGAUCACUUCAACCUGAAGAUCUCAAAGUAUGGCUUGGGAUUGCGGUUUCUCGGUGCGUCCGUGAGCUAAGUAUCAACUAUAGUUCUUGCAGCGAGGAACCUGAUCUUGUAUUGCCGACUAGUUUAUAUACCUGCAAAUCGCUUGUGACUUUGGAACUUGAAGGAAGGGAUGUUCUCGUGGAUAUGAUGUUCCUCCUACGGUUUGUCUCCCUUCCUUGA